AGCAAAAUCUCAAACACACCAAGGCCCUUAGAGAGAGAGAGAGAGAGAGAGCGAAGAUGAUGAUGAUGACGAAGAAGAUGGUGGGAGUGGUUGUGCUGCUGCUGAUGGCCUUGGCUGCAACUGGGGAGGGGCGCUUCGAUGGGAAUACCUUGCUGGCGGAGAUGUUCAAGGAGAACGGGGAACCAAACUACUACAUGAAGUCAACCACCACGGCCUGCUGCGACAUGUGCAUCUGCACAAGGUCCAUCCCUCCUCAGUGCCAUUGCACCGACAUCGGAGAAAGUUGCCACUCUGCUUGCAAGUCCUGUCUCUGCACUCGCUCCCAUCCUCCCCAGUGUCGCUGUGUUGACACCACCAACUUCUGCUACCAUCCAUGUUCCUCUUCUGCUUAAUGCUGUAAUCAAUUAAAGCCUAGGCAUCACUGGCUGCGUUCUACUCUCGAUCUGCUGCUUUGUUUCUAUGGACGUGAAUCCCCCUGUCUUAUGAAAUAAAGCACCUUGUGCCUUUGCUUCCAAUUUGCCUUUUGGCAAACUGGUUGUGUGUUUUGCUACUGUGAA